AUGUUGGUCGAGGAAGUGCCGAAGACGUCGAGCUCGAAUAGCUCGACUAUCUAUUUCACUUCUUCGAUAAAUCUCUCAGCCAGAUCAGUUCACCGUGGAGGAGCAACUGGAGAUGAAGAUUCUGUUGGUUCUAAUAAAAAAGGAAGAGCUAAAGUCAACUAUAAUGUCAAUCUAUUGAUGAAUGCGCAGACACAAAUAAACGAUGAGCUGAAUACGGGUCCUUUGAAAUCUGCUCAGCAGGUUCAAUUAGAGAGGUUAGUAUCCAGAAGACUAGUAGAACUAAACAAGGAAUCUGCUACAGCCUCUUUCGAGAUCCCCAAAAACUUUGCUUACAAUAGCAUACAUUCUAAUUCCAACAAGAGCCGUUUGGGCCAGACGCCUACUACAAAGAGAAUUCUUGCUGCUCGUCGUAACUUGAAUCUGUACUUUGAAGAAGAGCGUAACUUGAUGUCUAUCAACACAAUUCUUGGAGUAAAUUUCCAGUUCAUCGACUUUGCCGAGGUCGAAGCAGCUCCUAAAAUCAAGCGAGCUAAAGUGGACAAGAUAUAUAGACCCAGAUUACGCUUGUGCUGUAUUUGUGGAUCCCAGUCUCACUAUUCGAGAUGCUCUAAUUGUGGUUUGUACUAUUGUAGUGUUCAAUGUAAUAAUAUCCACAUGGAGCUGAGGUGUACAUAG